AUGCCGACGAGGAGGUGGACGGCAUCUUGGCUUGGUCUGCUCGCCUCGAUCGCCUCGAUCGUUCGUUCGUUCGUUCAUGUUCAGUUUUUAGCGCACGAAUCGUUUGAACUCGCGAAUUCGCAGUGGCUAAUGACGCAAUGGUCAGGAUCAGCAACGGGCUCGAACUGUUUGACCCCGAACGCGGCUAGCCUGUUAGUCAUUACGCAGUCAAGAUGGGAUGACAAGCGCGGAGGAAGAGUGAUGAUGUCGGACAGUCCGAGUGAUGUAACGAAAGCGUUGUGGUGUCUUUGA